AUGCCAGCUGAUGCCAGCUGCUCUCCUGAAAACCAGCUGGCAGAGGGAUCGGGGUCUAAGCCAGAGGGUCCAGGAGGAUCUGGGCUUCAUUCUGAGGUGUUCCAGUCAGACCCUCAGGUGUUCCACUCAGACCCUCAGGUGUUCCAGUCAGACCCUCAGGUGUUCCACUCAGACCCUCAGUCAGACCCUCAGGUGUUCCACUCAGACCCUCAGGUGUUCCAGUCAGACCCUCAGGUGUUCCACUCAGACCCUCAGUCAGACCCUCAGGUGUUCCACUCAGACCCUCAGGUGUUCCAGUCAGACCCUCAGGUGUUCCACUCAGACCCUCAGGUGUUCCAGUCAGACCCACAAGUGUUCCAGUCAGGCCCUCAGGUGUUCCAACCAGAGUCCAGCAGACAGAGACCAGGAUCUCCUGUACCCAGCUGUGUGUCUAUGAUGACAGAUACAUCUAAAGAAGAACCUCCAUUCUUCAGUCCUGAACCAGGACCAUCAGACCCAGGAUCAGAGUCCAGCAAACAGAGACCAGAGAGGAGCGACCGGUCUAUAGGAGAACCCAUUAACUUCAGGUCUGAACCAGGACCAUCAGACCCAGGAUCAGAGUCCAGCAGACAGAGACCAGAGAGGAGCGACCGGUCUAUAGGAGAACCCAUUAACUUCAGGUCUGAACCAGGACCAUCAGACCCAGGAUCAGAGUCCAGCAAACAGAGACCAGAGAGGAGCGACCGGUCUAUAGGAGAACCCAUUAACUUCAGGUCUGAACCAGGACCAUCAGACCCAGGAUCAGAGUCCAGCAAACAGAGACCAGAGAGGAGCGACCGGUCUAUAGGACCAUUAACUUCAGGUCUGAACCAGGACCAUCAGACCCAGGAGUCCAGCAGACAGAGACCAGAGAGGAGCGACCGGUCUAUAGGAGAACCCAUUAACUUCAGUCCUGAACCAGGACCAUCAGACCCAGGAUCAGAGUCCAGCAAACAGAGACCAGAGAGGAGCGACCGGUCUAUAGGAGAACCCAUUAACUUCAGGUCUGAACCAGGACCAUCAGACCCAGGAUCAGAGUCCAGCAAACAGAGACCAGAGAGGAGCGACCGGUCUAUAGGAGAACCCAUUAACUUCAGGUCUGAACCAGGACCAUCAGACCCAGGAUCAGAGUCCAGCAGACAGAGACCAGAGAGGAGCGACCGGUCUAUAGGAGAACCCAUUAACUUCAGGUCUGAACCAGGACCAUCAGACCCAGGAUCAGAGUCCAGCAAACAGAGACCAGAGAGGAGCGACCGGUCUAUAGGAGAACCCAUUAACUUCAGGUCUGAACCAGGACCAUCAGACCCAGGACCCAGUGUGACAGAGCAGCUGUCCAGCUGUGCUUUCUGUCAGAACGUCCUGAAGGAUCCUGUUUCUACCAGCUGUGGACACUGGUUCUGCAGACAGUGCAUCGCCUCGUACCAGGAUCAGUCUGGUUUGUCAGGAGAGUCUUCUUGUCCCAAGUGUCAAGAAAGCCCCCACACAGAACAAGGGAGCGGUGGCCUCCAGGAGAUAAUAGAUGAACAUAAGAAGAGUCUGAAGAAGAGAUAUGAACAUGUGACUGAAGGAACUGAUGAAACAGGAAGUAGAACCCUCCUGAACAGCAUCUACACUGAGCUCUACAUCAUAGAGGGACAGAGUGAAGAGGUGAACAGCCAACAUGAGGUGAGACAGCCUCAGACAGAUUCCAAGAGAAAGACCUUUUAUGAGACUCCAAUCAAGUGUCAGGACAUCUUUAAAGCCUUACCUGGCCAACAGACACCCAGAGUGGUUCUGACCAACGGUGUGGCUGGUGUUGGAAAAACCUUCUCUGUGCAGAAGUUCACUCUGGACUGGGCAGAGGGCUCAAAAAACCAAGACAUCAGUCUGCUGGUUCUGCUUUCAUUCAGGGAGCUGAACUUGAUCAGAGAUAAGAAGUACAGUCUUCUGGAGCUGCUCCGUGUUUUCCAUCCAACAUUCCAGAAGGUCAGAGCGGAGACGCUGGCUGUCUGUAAACUUUUGUUCAUCUUUGACGGCCUGGAUGAAAGCAGACUGUGGUUGGAUUUCAGCAAGAAGUCAGUUCUAUCUAAGGUCACACAGAAGUCAUCAGUAAAGGUGCUGAUAAAAAACCUCAUCAAGGGGAAUCUGCUUCCCUCAGCUCUCGUCUGGAUAACGUCUCGACCUGCAGCAGCCAAUCAGAUCCCUCCUUCAUGUGUGGACAGGGUAACAGAGGUCCGAGGCUUCACUGACAUCCAGAAGGAGGAGUACUUCAGGAGGAGGUUCAGUGAUGUAGAUCUGUCCAGCAGAAUCAUCUCCCACAUCAUGACAUCCAGGAGCCUCCACAUCAUGUGUCUGAUCCCAGUCUUCUGCUGGAUCACUGCUACAGUUCUGGAGCACAUGAUGAGCACAGAGCAGAGAGGAGAGCUGCCCAAGACACUGACAGACAUGUACUCACACUUCCUGUUGGUUCAGACCAAGAGGAAGAAGAAGAAGUAUGAUGAGGGACCUCAGAUGAGUCCUGAGGAACUCACCAGAUCUGACAGGGAAGUUCUUCUGAAGCUGGGGAGGCUGGCGUUUGAACAUCUGGAGAACAUCGUGUUCUAUGAAGAAGACCUGGAGCGCUGUGGUCUGGAUGUCACAAAGGCCCUGGUGCACUCAGGAGUUUGUACUGAAAUCUGUGAAAGUGAGAUCUUCCAGAAAAAAGCCUACUGCUUUGUUCAUCUGAGUGUUCAGGAGUUUCUGGCUGCAGUCUACAUGUUCCACUGUUUCAUCAAAAGGAAGACAAAAGUAGUGGAGGCUUUCCUAGAUGACAUUUAUUACUGGGAUUCAUCUAGAAAUUCUUUAUUAAAGAAGAUUUUUCUGAUUUUUGUAACUCCUGACCCAACCCUGGAUGUCUUCCUGAAGAGUGCCAUGGAGAAAUCCCUGAGAAGUCCAAAUGGACACCUGGACCUGUUUGUUCGCUUCCUUCAUGGCUUCUCUGUGGAGGCCAACCAGAGACUCUUAGGAGAUCUGCUGGGUUUGGCAGACAACAGUCCAAGAAUGAUCCGGAGAAUCAUCGACAACCUGAAGAGGAUGAACAGCGACAAUGGUGAUGAUAGUGGCGAUGUUUUUGACAUUUCUCCUGACAGAAGCAUCAACAUCUUCCACUGUCUGACAGAGAUGAACGACCUCUCAGUACAUCAGGAGAUCCAAGACUUCCUGAAGUCAGAAACCAGAACCAGAUCAAAGAAGAAACUCUCUGAGAUCCAGUGCUCUGCUCUGGCCUACAUGCUGCAGAUGUCAGAGGAGGUUCUGGAUGUUUUAGAUCUGAAGGCGUACAACACAUCAGUCCUCGGACGACUGAGACUGAUUCCAGCUGUGAGGAACUGCAGGGAGGCUCUGUUCAGUGGGUGUGGACUUUCAGAGAUUCACUGUGAAGUCGUGGCCUCCGCUUUAAAGGCCAACCCCUCACAUCUGAGAGAGCUGGACCUGAGUGACAACGAGCUGCAGGAUUCAGGAGUGGAGCUUCUUUGUGCUGGACUGAAGAGUCCAAACUGUCAACUGGUGACUCUGAAACUCAGUGACUGCAGUUUGUCAGAGAUCAGCUGUUCGUCUCUAGCCUCAGCUCUGAAGUUCAACCCCUCACAUCUGAGAGUGCUGAUCCUGAGUAAAAACGAUCUGCAGGAUUCAGGAGUGCAGCAGCUGUUUCCUCUACUGAGGAGUCCCACCUGUAAAAUGCCUACUCUACGCUUAAGGGAGUGCAACUUGUCACACACCAGCUGUCAGUUUCUGGGCUCAGCGCUGAAGGCCAACCCCUCACAUCUGAGACAUCUGGACCUAGGUGAAAACAACCUCCAGGAUUUAGGAGUGGACCUGUGUAGUUUUCUGAAGAGGCCAGACUGUCGACUGGAGACACUAUAUUUGUGGGACUGCAGUUUGUCAGAGAUCAGCUGUUCUUCUCUGAUCUCAGCUCUGAAGGUCAGCCCCUCACAUCUGAGGAAGCUGAACCUGGGGUACAACCACCUGAAGGAUUCAGGACUGAAGCAGCUGUGUCGUUUUCUGAAGAGUCCAGACUGUAGACUGGAUUAUCUGGGACUGGCUGACUGUGGUUUGUCAGGGAACAGCUGUUCUUCUCUGACAGCUCUGAAGUCUAACCCCUCACACCUGAGAGAACUGGACCUGCGUGGCAACAAACUGCAGGAUUCAGGAGUGAAGCAGCUGUGUGGUUUUCUAAAGAGUCCAAACUGUAGACUGGAGGAUCUGAGUUUGUGUGACUGCAGUUUGUCAGAGAUCAGCUGUUCAUCUCUGGUCUCAGCCCUGAAGUCCAACCCCUCACAUCUGAGAGUGCUGAGGAUGUGUAGAAACAGUGUGCUGACCUCAGAUGUGAAGCAGCUCUGUGAACUACAGAAGAAUCUGGACUACAGACUGGAGACUCUGAUAUGGGUGGGGGUGAAAUGUUUGGAGAAAUAUAAUUGCUAUAUCACAGAACCGAAGAAACGCAGAUGGGAACCCGUGAAGCAUGUGGAAGCACCUCAGCAGGACUGAAGAUGAAAGCAGCAGCAGCUUGUGUGGCCACAGUGAGCCACUGCCACCAUACCUGAGCAUGUCCUCAAAUAGACACCUGUGCAGGUACACUGCUUUGUCAUCAACAGUAGAAUCUGAUGUCAGGUGUAGCGGUUUAACUCUGAAGCUGUGGUCUGAACACAGAAGUUAACUCUAGUGAUCUUGGUUUAUUGAUGAUUGUAAACAGAAAUAAUGUUGAUCUGUAGAGUUCUUUAGUUCAAAAUGAAGUAUUCUCCUCUAUUAUCAGGUACUCUGGUAUCAGACCUUAGACCACAUAAAUAAACCCUCUAUUAUCAGGUACUCUGGUAUCAGACCUUAGACCACAUAAAUAAACCCUCUAUUAUCAGGUACUCUGGUAUCAGACCUUAGACCACAUAAAUAAACCCUCUAUUAUCAGGUACUCUGGUAUCAGACCUUAGACCACAUAAAUAAACCCUCUAUUAUCAGGUACUCUGGUAUCAGACCUUAGACCACAUAAAUAAACCCUCUAUUAUCAGGUACUCUGGUAUCAAGUUUAAUGUUGACGCUGCAGCUCCUAGUCGCUGGUUCUGUUCUCCUCCAUGUUUAUUUAUCUGAUUAUCUGUUUUUAUUGGCUCCAUUAUUACAGCCAUGUUUUAGUCUUUUAAUAUAAUCAGUAUUAUCUUUCUUUCUUAACUGUGGAGAGUAAAAUAUUUCAGGAUUUAAAUUUUUAGAACGUGCAGAUGUGGCAUCAGACGCCUUUUUCCUGUCGCUCUCUGCUGAGCAUGUGCAACUCUCCACAGAGAUAGUAUAAAUAACAGAUGGCUCACUCCCAAGCAUCUCUGCUCGAGAAAACAACAUUUUACAAACACAACAGCAAAAAAAAAAAAAAAAAAAAGGCUGUGCGGACGCAACAACUGAAUCAUUGACACUAACAUUUGUCAGCCAUGAUUAUCAGUGAGAUCAGAUCAACCCGCUGUUUUAGACUGACUGACUUUUUAGAUGUUUUAUUGAUAACUGACCACAGUAAUACUCCGUUCUUCUCCUCUCAGUUUAGGAAAUCAGUUCAGAUCAUGAUGUGAAGGUCUAACGUCUGCUAGUGUCACUGCUUUAAGACCAUCUCUAAUCUGAAGGCUUUAAAACAUAAAUCAGUUUAUUUUUAUGAACACUUUUAUUGCUUUAAAAUGACUUUAAUCAGACAAAGAUGUGGUUUGUAUUUUAUAGAUUUGGGGUUCUGAUUUUCAGAUGAAGUUUUUGAUUCCAGCUUUUCUGAGAUGUGUUGCUGCCAUCAAAAUCAAAAUGAGCUCAUAUUUUCCAUUAAACAGUAAAAUGUCUCAGUUUAACAUCUGAUUUGUUGUUUCUGCUCUA